UUUUAUUAGAACAGCUGUUUAUAUAACCUGCCGAGAGUUUUGCAAUUCGUAUUUAUUGCCAGUGAAUAAAAUCCAAUUUAAAAUGUCCCUUUUAUAUAAAGUCAAUAGAAUUAGCAUCGCGGCAUGCUUGCGAAAAGCAUCAGCAACUCAGCGAUAUUUUUCUUCUGAUGCCUCGGCAAGCGGAUCGGCAAAUGAAGAUCACAUUGAAAAGAAAGGUUUUGCUAAAGCCUUUGAAAGUCACACUGAUGCACUUAAACCCAAAGAAGAACCGGCCGAUAAUGAAUCAUUUGCCUCUCUACUAAGAAAUUCAAAAUUUAUUGAUAUGGGAGACCCAGAGGGUAAAGUUGUAUCUGGCAAAAUCUUUCAUGUUGUUGGCGAUGAUUUGUAUAUUGAUUUUGGAUGGAAGUUCCAUUGUGUGUGCUCGAGACCACAACGUAAUGGUGCUGACUAUGUGCGUGGUUCAAAGGUACGUCUAAGGGUCAAAGAUUUAGAAUUAUCCACAAAGUUUUUGGGUUCGUCCAAAGAUUUAACCAUACUCGAAGCUGACUGCACUCUAUUGGGCCUGAUUUCGUCACCAGCCCGGCAAGGGGCUAUGAAAGCGGCUGUGCAAGAAUCGUAAAUAAAAAUCCCGUUUUGUCAGUUUUGUUUUAGACAA